AUGGUACCACACGUCCCCGUUGCAAAUGGCAUGCUGCCCUUUUGGCGGACAGAUCCCCACCCUCUAGACAACCACCGAUCCACAAAGACUCUACCCGAGCACAGCGAUAUCGUAAUCAUUGGAGCUGGAUACGCGGGUUCAUCGGUCGCACAUCAUAUCUUGCAACAAGCCAAGCCUGGAUCACCCGCACCUUCAAUCACGAUUUUGGAGGCGCGACAGGCCUGCUCUGGUGCGACCGCUCGUAAUGGAGGACAUAUGAAACCGGAUAUCUACAACUUCAUCGCCACUCUUGCUGCAGAACAUGGCGUUGAUGCUGCUGCCGAGGUGGCGGCCUUCGAAGCGAAACAUGUCCGUGCAUUCAAAGACUUUGUUGAGAAAGAAGGUAUUGAUUGCGAUUACACAGUUACAAAGGCUGUGGACGUUCAAUUGGAUGAGGAUCAUUUUGAAAAGCUCAAGGAUGGACAUAAUCGAUUGAUCGCGGGGGGUAGCAAACCCACAACAGGAGCUCGGAUUAUUGAGUCUGAAGAUGCUGAAUCAUUCUCCGGUGUGAAAGGUGCGGUAGGCUGUUUCACCUAUGAUACGGCUCACAUCUGGGCCUACAAAUUUGUCCUCCAUCUAUUGGAGAAGGUAGUAUCACAAGGGAUCAACUUGCAGACACGUACACCCGUGACGAAGAUCACAGAACCUACUCCUCCGAGUUCCUAUCGCUGGAAAGUGGAGACAUCCCGUGGCACGAUAGCAGCCAAGGUGAUCGUGUUUGCAACAAACGCCUACACUUCGAGCAUCGCUCCUCAAUACAACGGUAGCAUUGUCCCAGUGCGAGGAACUUGCAGUCGCAUUGUUACUCCGGGAUCGACAGCCCCUCCUUUGACGAAUACAUAUACCCUGCGAUGGAACGGCUGGAACUAUGACUACCUGAUCCCGCGCGGGGAUGGCAGCAUUAUUGUCGGUGGGGCGCGAUCGACAUUUUUCCACGACGAGAAGAACUGGUACAAUAUCUCCGAUGAUAGUCAUGUUUUGGAGCCUGCUGUUCGUUAUUUUGACGGGUACAUGCAACGCAAUUUUAUGGGGUGGGAAGACAGUCAUGCGUAUACCGACCGUGUUUGGACGGGGAUUAUGGGGUAUUCUUCCGAUGGCCUUCCACAUGUGGGUCAGGUUCCUGGACAUGAUGGUCAGUAUAUACUGGCUGGGUUUACGGGGCAUGGAAUGCCGCAGAUCUUCCUCGCCGCUGAAGGGAUUGCAAAGAUGGUUGUUGAAGGGAUGAACUUUGAGGACACGGGGCUACCGAGACUGUUCAAGACCACUUCAACAAGAAUUGAAAUGGGGCAAAGUAAAAUGUUGGAAAAGUCUCUGCAAGACACGCCCAAGCUGUAA